AUGCCGAGUCUCCGAGCUUGGCGACGCGCUCUUGCGCCGGUCGCGAUCCUCUCGUGGGCUUCUCUCGUUGUGGCUCAUCCCCUCGUUAGCGACAAGCUACUACGCCGAGCUGAGAUCCAGAUUGAGGAUGUGAAGGAGAGCUAUGACUACAUCAUUGUUGGUGGUGGCCAGGCUGGCAUCGUCUUGGCUAGCCGUUUGUCUGAGGAUCCUGAUGUGACUGUCCUCGUUGUCGAGUAUGGCUACUUCAACAAUGCCCCCUCUGUGCUCCAGCCUUCUAGUGCCACAAGCUACCAGCGCAACGUCCAGUUCAACAUCACUUCAGUUCCUCAGACCGAGCUUGACGGGUAUAAGCAGUCUGUAUUCGCUGCCUGCUGUGUCGGUGGCGGUUCCACUAUUAACGGUAUGCUUCUAAACCGUGGCUCGGCUGCCGAUUACGAUGCCUGGGAGGCACUCGGAAACCCCGGCUGGGGCUGGGAAGGUCUUUACCCGUACUUCAUCAAGAGUCAAACCCUCGACGAACCAAACCCUGCGUCGGCUGAGGAAUUCAACAUCACCUGGGGCCCCGAGUCCUAUGGUGACGGACCCAUCCAUGUCUCUUUCUCCUCCUUCCAGUGGCCCGGCGUCAAGAUCCAACGCCAGGCCCUCAUCGAAGCCGGUGCCGAAGCUCCCAUCGACGGCUCCGGUGGCGACGCCUACGGAGUAAUCUGGUACCCAACCGCCCUCGACAACUCAACAGCCACACGCUCCUACGCCGUCAACGGCUACUGGGACCCAGCCAAGGACCGACCCGGUCUCAAUCUCCUGACGGGCUGGCGCGUCGAUGAGGUAACUUUCGACGAGGACAAGCACGCCACGGGCAUCGUCAUGCGCCAGCGCGGCGUCGAGGAUGCCGAGCGCAUCUCGGUCAAGUCGAACCGCGAGAUUGUCCUUGCGGCUGGAGCUCUGCAUAGCCCUCAGGUGCUGCAGAGGAGCGGUAUCGGACCCAAGUGGUUGCUGGAUGAGGCGGGUAUCGAUGUGCUGGUUGACCUUCCUGGUGUUGGGUCGAAUUUGCAGGAUCAUGCUGUUUCUGGAGUUUCCUAUCAAUUCACCACCAACCUCGAGCUCAACCCGCAAGACUCCAUGGCCAAUACCACCUUCGCCCAAUGGGCCGCCAAAGAACUCGCCGAAAAUCACGCGGGACCCCUCCGCAUCGCUACAGGCAACAUCGGCGGCCUCAUCCCCUUCCCCGUCAUCGAUCCUGAAGGCUACGAGGCCCUCAUCGAAGAAUACCUCGACCUUGACCUCGCGCCGCACCUACCCUCCUCCUACACGGAGGAGAACAUCGCCGGCUACGAUGCCCAACGCACCGUCAUGGCCGACAUGCUUGGGCGCGCCGACAACGCCUUCCUAGAGCUCCCUCUGCAAGCGGCUCCGGGGUACUCGGCGGUGCUGAUCAAGGUUCUGAGCCGCGGCACGGUGCAUCUUAACCCGGAGGACAUCUACGGUGAGCCGAUUGUGGAUUAUUUCACGUACGGGAUGCCGAUCGAUAAGAGGAUCAUGAGGAGGGUGGUCAAGUGGGUAAGGAAGGUGCACGCGACGGACGCCAUGAGCGAGUUGGGUCCCAAAGAGGUUUCGCCAGGCGAAGAUGUCGUGACGGAUGAGGAGAUUGAUGCUUGGUUGACGAAGUCGACGAGUUGUUCGACGGCGCAUAAUUCUUGCUCGAAUCCGAUGAUGGCGAGGGAGCAUGGUGGCGUUGUUGGGCCGGAUUUGUUGGUGCACGGUGUUACCGGGUUGAGCGUUGCGGAUUCGUCCAUCAUGCCUAUUGUUCCGGGCGCGCAUAUUUGCUCGACCGUCUACGCGAUUGCUGAAAAGGCCGCGGACAUCAUCAAGGAGCGCCACGGUGGAAAGGCCGAGAAGCCCGAGGAGCCCGAGGAAGAAGUUCCCGAAGAGGGGGAGCCCAUUGAAGAGGACCCGGAGGACGAUUCUUGUUGA